UAACUGCAUCAAGUCAGUCAUCCUGGCUUGUAAAGACGUUUUCUGGUGAUGUUUUUGGAUUCAUCAGACACUUGCUGGAUUCCAGAUGACUUUUCCACAGCAGUUUUCUCAAAGACUAGCGUGAGCAAGUCGUAAAAAAAGCUGUUAAGAAACUUCUGAGUACAACUAUUUUGAGACCGGUAGACUCUGGUGAUCGGAUGGCAACAGCAACAGCAGCAGCAGCGGCGGCGGCGGCGGCAGCGGCAGCCUCGACAGAUUCAGGACACAGAAGCAACAAGAUCACCCCGGAGGUGCUGCAGGAGAUGCUCCAGUACUACAACCUGAGCCGGCAGGAGUUCAUCAGCACCUACAACAUCCAGCCGCUCGUCUACAUCCCCGAGCUGCCCUACAGCGCCAAGACCACCUUCGUCAUUAUGUACAUGGUGAUCUUCGCCAUGGCCCUGGCCGGGAAUAGUUUGGUCAUCUACAUAGUCGUGAAGAAGCGGGCGUUCCAGACGGCGACGGACAUUUUCAUCUGCUCCCUGGCGGUCAGCGACCUUCUCAUUACUUUCUUCUGCAUCCCCUUCACCCUGCUGCAGAACAUCUCCUCUGAGUGGUUCGGAGAAAAGUACAUUUUCCCAGUACAUCUGCAGUGGAUUUCGGCAACUCCACGCUCACUGCAAUUGAGAGGGGUUCUCGUUUGCAAGACGGUGCCUUUUGUGCAGACGACAGCCAUAGUGACCUGCAUCCUCACCAUGACCUGCAUCGCCAUUGAGAGAUACCAGGGCAUUGUCUACCCACUGAAAAUGAGGAGGCAAUACUCGUCAAGAAGAGCAUACAAGAUGCUAGGGCUGGUAUGGAUCACCUCGGUGAUAGUGGGUUCGCCGAUGUUGUUUGUGCAACAGCUACAGGUGAAGUACGACUUCUUGUAUGAUCACUACCAUGUGUGCUGUCAGGAGAGUUGGCGUUCUCUGACUCACCGCCAGGUGUACACCACCUUCAUCAUGGUGGCUCUUUUCUUGCUCCCUCUGGCGGCCAUGCUGUUCCUCUACACCCGCAUUGGCAUCGAGUUGUGGAUCCGUAAGAGGGUGGGCGACUCAUCGGUCCUCAACACCAUGAACCACAGAGAGAUCAAUAAGAUCUCAAGGAAAAAGAAAAGAGCCGUCAAAAUGAUGAUCACCAUCGUUCUGCUAUUCACCAUCUGCUGGGCCCCUUUCCACACGGUCCACAUGCUGUUUGAGUACUAUGACCUGGAGAACAAAUAUGACGGAGUCACACUUAACAUGAUCAUCGCCAUCGUUCAGGCCAUUGGCUUCUUCAACAGCUUCAACAAUCCCAUCGUCUACGCCUUCAUGAACGAGAACUUCAAGAAGAGCUGUGUCUCCACCCUCUCCAAAUGCAUCCGGAAACGCAACCAGCAGCGUGCUGCUGUGGUGGCGCCCAGACUGAGCGUGCAGUUCAUCAAACCUCAGAGUAGAGAGGCCUUCCCUGAAUCAGAUGAAGGGAACAGCUCGCAGCGGAACUCUGCAGAGAAAGCCCCUGCAAGUACCUCGCAUGGAGAGAGCUUGCUGGAAAUAAUUGGCCUGGGUGAGAAAAUCUCCACCAUCCAAACAGAACUCCCAGCAAACACCUCCUCCCAGGUCAAAUGAGUUGGAACGGGUUCAAGGUUCAGGUGUUUAUCUGUUGAAUGUUAUUCUCCGGUUUGCUGCCCCGACCAGCUGCAGAUGUGUAGGAUGCAAUCAUCACAGCUACGGUUCAAACUGCUUAAAAAAGUCUACCAGCAUGAAGGCACCUAUGUGGGGCCAGUAGUGAGAGUGUUUGUUUCAUUCUGCUAAGGAGAGCAGCAGCAAGGAAGGAAGCAAAGGUCCUGAAAAGAGGCAAUUUUCCUUUUAAAGUCUGGUCAAACAAUAAAACAGCAGGUAGUCAUGUGAAGCACAAAAAUCAUUUCUGUUGAAUGUGUCUGAAGUCCGCAGGACAUUAAACCUCUCAGCGAGUAUGUCAAAAGGAGACACAAUCAAUGUCAUCCCAAAUGGGUACAAACUGUUACCAGGGGAAACUGUCUGGAAAGACGGACACUGAGGGCUAUGACUUAACAGGGCCAUACUUUCAGCAAAGGAUGACAGAGAUGACGCCUCUGCUUUCACUGCGUCGCUGAAUGUGAAUGUGAACAUAUCAACUCAGCUCAUGCAAAAUGACUUGGUUGCAAACCGUUAUUUCGUAUAGUGAGACCUCUUUUUUUUUUUUUUUUUUUUUUUACUGUGAAGUCUCUUGGACAUUUUUAUUGCUUUUUAAAUCUUAGUUAAAUGCACUUCACACAGCCCUUACGUCACUGUACAGGGGAUAACACGGUUGCAGAAUUAAUGUUACUUAAUGGUGUUGUGGACAAUAUUUUCGUAACGUUGAUGUCUUAAUGGGUCUCCAGUGUAUGUUGUUAUUUUGGUGUAUAUUUUAAGGUUGUUCUCUAUUUAUAUGUUCAGUAAUGGCAGCUUGGAAUUUAUUCAUGGUUCUGUACAGGUUGUUGAUUUUAAAGAUAAUUUAAAAAAGAUGAUCACUUGUUUAAAAUGACCCAUCUUUCUUCUUUCCAGUGCAGAUCAGAAUAUAUUUAUAUUGAAUAAAAUGAGCAAUGACAACUUGUUUCCUUGUUUUCAGCACACGCUGGGUUAAAAUCAAAUUAGGCCUGGACAUCAUGUUUCACUUUAUAAUGAGAACAAAGCACUUUCUGCAGUU